CCUUAUUAAGGAGGAUAUUUUAUGCCAGCAAAAAUGUAUCCAUUAUCUGGCGCUCCACAUUAUGUAAUCGAAAAAUCGAUAUAGUAACUAGAAUAUAUUUUCAUCGAGUCUGUAGAAUAAACAGAGAAUAUCUUGUUUACCGGCCUUGUUACUGUUUAUUAGUUUAACAGUUUGAAUAUUAUUAGAUUGUCGUUUUAAGAUUGACAAAACAUUACUUCUAGACCUGAUGGCUGAGUCAUCUCAAGAGAACGGUAGCAAACAGUUGGAAAAGGAACUGUUCAAGUACACUUUGGAGUGUAAUUAUGAACAAGCCAAAUAUCUUAUAACUGUUGAAAAUGUACAUGUAGAUUGUGUAGACGAAGAUGGUACUACUCCUCUACAACAAGCUGCUUACAAAGGUGACUAUAAAUUAUGUAAACUUUUUCUUGAUUGUGGGGCUAAUGUCAAUGCAACUACUCACGUAUCAAGAUAUAGUGCUCUUACAUUUGCAAGCUUAUCUGGGAAUAUUGAUGUUGUUAACCUACUCUUAGAACAUGGGGCUUCAACAACAUCUGUCAAUUCUAUCAACAAAACUGCUUCUCAAAUGGCUGCAUUUGUAGGUAAUCAUCAUAUUGUAAGCAUAAUCAACAAUUAUUUGCCCAUUGAAGAAAUCGAAUACUUCACGAAAAUUCAUGGUUUAGAAAAAGAACCUAAGCUCCCUGCAGUGCUUAGCCAACCAGUUCACAAACUUGUUGUUAUAACUAACAUUAAUCCAGUGAAAAUAGCAAUGUUUAUUCAAGCUACUCCUGUUAUUCUUGAUAAUUCUAUAAAAGUUGCUCGUGUUUUGAAUAUAUUGUCAGAGAAAAUGUUUAAAGAUCAAUGUAACGAGCUUUUGUCCUUGAAAUAUCAUCAUUUGGCUUUCGUGUUAAAUGCUUGUGAAAAGUUUUACUUGGAGCAAAAAUCCAAGUGUUCAGAAACAACAGAAAAAUUUGGGAAGGAUGUCUUAACUCCACUUAUCAAGCGGUGGAUUUGUGGAGAUAAAAAUGGUUUUCCUAUUGGCUUAGAAAAAUUUCUCCGCCAAGAUGUUCGUGAAUACCCUUACCUCGAAUGUACUUUGUUUCAACAAUUAGUUCGCACUCUUGCUACUGGGAAUAUAGGUGAAGAACCCAGUGCUAUAUCAAUUAUUAAUGAAGCUGUAACUGGUCAGAGAGGUUUUAACAUUACUACAUCAUGUGUUACUUGUAGUGAUCCUAAUGCUGAAAAGAAAUGUUCUGCGUGUAAAUCUGUGCAAUAUUGUGAUAAAACUUGCCAAAAGCUACAUUGGUUCACACAUAAAAAUUUCUGUGCUGAACUAAAAAAAACAUAUGAAGAGGAAAAGCUGAAAGAAGUGGAAGAAGGGGUGGAGAAUAAUUCUGAAGCUAAAGAGUUAUAAUAAAUUUCUGAUGAGUUUAUUCAAAGGAAAGUUUAAGAUCUUAAAAAAUUUAAAAGAUGUAGUCAUAUAAGCAUGCUUUGUGUAAAAUGCUGUUUGUUUGUCAGAUUUUGAACAAUAUUUUGUCUUUUAAAAUUUCAUUUUGUGCAAAUUUCAUAUUCUUAUUUAUA